GUGCUGUACAUUAAAGAACGGCUGCUGCCAACGGUCUCAGGCAGUUUUUCUACGUGUGCGCCAACAUGUCAUCAGCUUCUGUUUGCCACUGGACAUUUACUCUCCUUCCACUUCGGUAUGCCAUAGCAGCGAUGGGUAUACUGGCAAUCCUCUCCCAGUAUAUAUUGAAGGUGACUCUGUCGGUGGCUCUUGGUGGAAUGGUCAAGCAAGUAGCUCAGGAAACCUCGGCGGAUGAAACUUGUCCCCUGCCAGACACUGCAAGUAUUAACUCGACAGACAGUGAGGGAGGACAAUUUGAAUGGGAUGAGGACAUGCAAGGUUACAUACUGUCCUCCUACUACUACGGGUACGCAGCUGUGAACAUAAUCGCUGGUUACGUGGCGGCCCGGUACAGCGCCCGUUGGGUUUUCAUCACAGGGCUGCUCGCUGCCGGUGUUUUCACGGUCGUGGGUCCUAUCUGUGCCGAUGCUGGCCCCGUGGUCUUCAUGAUAACACGCUUACUCGUAGGCACAUUCUCAGGUGUUAUCAUACCAGCAAUGCACGUGCUACUUGGCAAAUGGUUCCCUGAAAACGAGCGACAAAGACUGGGAGGACCCAUUUUCUCAGCGGCAUACUUGGGCACUGUAAUAUCAAUGGCAUUGUCUGGAACCAUUGUGAAGAACCUGGGCUGGUACUCUGUGUUCUACAUUUUCGGCGGCGUCGCAAUAGCUCUAGUGAUUCCAUGUUUGUACUUUAUCUACGAUGAGCCUGAGUCGCACCCUAGGAUCACAGAGAAAGAAAAGGACUUUCUUUUGACUCACACUGGUAGAGAUCUGACAGAAAGCAAAGAGAAGAAGGAGCUUGAAAAGGAGGAUGAACUCAUUCGGAACCCGUGGCCUCUCAUCCUGACUUGUCCUGCUAUGUGGGCGCACAAUAUAAUUUCAAUUGGAGGGUCGUGGGUCAGCUACACACUGCUGUCUGAGUUGCCAACCUACAUGGAAAAUAUACUUCACUACGACAUCGACGAGGCUGGCCUCAUCUCAGCUCUGCCUUAUCUAUUUGGUUGGAUGAGCUGCAGUAUCUACAGCUUCCUGACAGAGAAAUUAACACAGAGAGGCGUACAUAUUAUGACUAUCUUCAGAAUAUGGGACGCAGUAUCUUGCAUGGGGCCUGCGAUCUGCUUCCUGGCGCUGACCCUCAUCAACUGCGACAUACCGGCCAUCAUCACGCUGUUCAUCUUCACCAUGGUGUUCCGCUGCGCCAUAUACGGCGGCUCCUACCUCAACCACAUCUACCUGUUCCCACGGGCCUACGGAAGUGCGGCUGGUCUCAACCUGACUCUGGGCAACUGCUCUGGGAUCGUCACUCCGAUAGUCACCAGCGCGUUUGUAUCGGGCCGGCAAACAAUACAGCAGUGGAAAUACGUCUUCUACGUGGCGAUGACACUGUCAGUUAUACCGUAUUUCGUGUUCCUCAUUUUUGGUUCUGUUGACGACCAGGAAAUUAAAUGGGAAGAGCGCAGAGAGAAGAAGAGGAAACAGAAACUGGGCCAAUAAGUAUGAUUCUGAAUUGUGCUGAUGCUGUGUGGUACAUACGAGGUAGCAAAACGCAGCCUAAACCAAUAAGAAACUGGUCGUACUUCUGCCGAGAUGCAAUUAAAUCACGUCACAAGGACGUAGUCAAUGCUGGGUGACUGAAUACGAAUCAGUGCACAUGGAAAGCAACUGUUUGUGUCAGUCUAUGUCGUGUUUUCGUUCUACCAGUCAGUUAGCAGCGACGUGAACAGAUCAAGAAGAAUGCAUUAAGAAGCGAGAGAGGAGAAUGUGUGCUAUUGACACACCAAUACUUCUGACAUGUUUAUUAAUGCUAGAAUAAAUGUUCCCGAAUUUCUAUUAAAAAUCUAAUGUUAUGUUUUUUUGAUAUAUUUGUAAGAAAAGCUAUGAGAAUCUCUUCUGCAUUGCGAAUAUCGUAGCUGAAUCCACCUUCUUAAAAUUCGAGAGAGAUUGUUUCUUUCUUGACUGGGACAGAGUAGUGCAACAACUGAUCAAUGAGGAUAGAGCAUAAAAAUUUUGAUAUCAUUUAUAAUCUGAAUUUCAAGUCUUUCACUAUCUAUAAUGAAACCGCCUAUAGCCAUAUAAUAAUGUAAAACCUGGGUUACCCUUGUGUUUAUUGUCAUGAGUGUGCAAUUACCUUAAUGAGCAUUAAUUAUUUAAUUUUUAUAAUGAAGUCUACAAUUUAGUCACUUCUCUCUUUUCUUUGAUGUUCAGUAUUGUAAGAUAUCUUUAAAAAAGCUUUGUGCUGCAGUACACAAGUUGCAGACUUGUGAAAACAGAAUAUUGCAGGAUUUGAGGUCUAUGGCCUGCUUUUAACAAAAACAGUCGUCUAACUGAAUCACAUGUAAUGAACCCACAGUACGAAUAUUUAACGGACUCUAUAAAUGUAUAAAUGCAUGUCAUCUAUCUGAUAAUUAAAUGAUUUCAGUGACUUUCAGUGCUUCAGUAUAUAAGUUUUUAGUUCAGAGUGAUUGUCAACAGAUUAACGAAAACCUCAAUUUUGAUUGUCUUCCUACUAGUACAUAUAUCUGCAUCCCUCCAAGAUUUCUCCUUUUUGUUUUAUUGAAUGACACUGGAAACAAUGGCAGCAAGUUUAAGGACAGCAUAGGAUUGCCUAUAUGCACUAGCGUAACUCACUUCUUCUGUAAACAAUAAUUUCGUUAUGACUUUCAAGACUAGACAUUUUUGGCAUGAUUAGUAAAUAAGUAAGAGUGUGUGUUAUUUACAAAAUAUUUUUAAAUGCCCAAUAACACUCACAUAAUUUCGUCACUUUGUUACCCGUUAUGAUAAUCUUAAAAGUAACA